AUGCCAUUAAGAGUACGAAAUCUAUUGGAAGAAGUGGGCGAUGAACUCAUUCUUAAAAUUCAACUUGGUCGAACACCUGUUCAAGAUUUUCCUCUUAAAAUACUUGACUUUUUAAGUCAUUCAAAAUUUACCAAUAAACAACUUGAACUUGGUUAUGAUGAAAUCUAUCACAACUAUUUACUCAUUACUAUUCAGAAUAGUCGUGAAUCUCAAGUACUACAACAUAUACUAGGAAAUGCUAGACAAAAUAAAAUUCCUAGCACUAUUCUUAAACUUGAGAAAGCACAACGUAUUGCUCUUAAAUAUCCAUCUAUACCCGACGAAUUGAUUGAUAUAUAUGAUAUUCCAUUAACACGAAAUAAACCAUUAACACUCAAUCGUUUAAUUUCUGUAGCAUCGAAUGUUGACAAAAAUUUUUUCAAAUAUGAUGCUGGUGAAAAUAAUAUGUGUCAAACAUUUGUCGAAAAUAUUAUUGAUAUCAAUGGUUUGAUGUCUAACAUUGUGGAUGAAGCAACAUUGAAUGCUCUCAAACCAAUUGAUGCCAAAGCAUUAAUUUCUUCGCUAGGUAGUCGAUCUAAUAUUGUUAAGAUAGCGACUGAUUUAGGUGCCAAAUUCGACAAAUUAGUAUUUGAUCGUAAGAUCAAAUGGAAAAAAUCGCAACCAAAAGACUUUGCUCUAAUGCGUAGUACCAAUGCCACUGAUUCGGAAAGUACCGACGCUAUAUACAAUACAAUUCUUCAGCUUGAAAAAAAUACUUUAAUAUUUGCAAAAAAGUCGGGAGCCAAAGGAUUAAAGGAUUCGCGAAUGAAAUCCAUUGCACUAAUACUUCGAGAUAAAAGUAAUCUUUCAUCCAAUGACACAACAUGGACAUUUGGUUAUGAACAUGUAUCAGUUCGCCGAUGGAUGUUUAGUCGCAAUCAAGUUAAUCCAAUCUACAAUCUACCCGUCGUAGUGCUCAUCAAUCACACAGAUGGACAUAUCUAUCGAGCUCUAUCACUCACGGAUAAUUUUCUUGACCAGUGGAUGCCAAGAAAUCGACCGUAUGAAGAGUCAAAACGACAUUUACCAGGCAAUCAAUACAAACUAACAUGGCAAGAUCGUGUUUUUACACGAUUCCUUCGGUAUAUGUUCGUAGCCUAUUUUCAUUGUUUUGCUCCACGCAUUCAUCAACUGACACAUUCACUGACUGACCAUUGGUCAAAUUAUUUAUGGGAUAAACAUGAAUGUACUUUAAAUGACGCAGCAGCAAUAUUUAUUUGUCGUGGUGACAAAAUGCCCGAAGAUUCAUUCUGCAUCAAAUAUAAUAGAUGGCGUAACAUAUCAAUGUAUGUCAAAGGAUUAGUUGAUAAAGAACAGGAACUAAAUCAGACAUUCUCAUCAGUAUUUAUUAUGACAGAUGAUGUAUCUGUGAUGAACUCUAUUCAAGAUUAUGCUAAUCCGAACUCGACAGGAAUAGAUGAACCCUACGCAAGAAAGCAUUUGCGUAAUCGACAGUUAAUGUAUAAUAUAUUUGCAUCACAAGCAUGUUUUGAUCCAUUUAAUCGUAUUGGAUUCGAGCAAUUUUUAGUAUCUACGGAAUUCAUUAUUCAGUAUGCUCAAUUUACUGUUGGCCAUUCCGACUCAAAUGUUGGUCGCUAUCUCGAAGAGAUUAUUUACGUGCAAAACCAAUUGAAAGCUUCAGUUCAAUCGAAUUCCUUUGUGACAAAUGCUUCAGAUUCUUUAUAA